UCGUCUCAAAGAGCGCGCAGCUGAUGACGGAAGUGACAGUUUGUUAUUUAUCGCACCGGUGAACUGCCCGCUCACUGCCCACAUCAAAAAUCGUUACAAAUCACCACGAAUUUUGAUUUGUUUUACGAUCAUUUCUAGGAUUUAACUGGCAAUUAUUACAAUUAUUCGCUUACGUGUAAAUAGUUCCUAUCGAAGUGAGGAUGGCAACCAGCACUCAAAACGCUAUCACCCUCAAAGGAUCAGCAGCCAUCAUAACGGAAUAUCUGAACUACGGCAUCAACUCGAUCCUGUUCCAGCGUGGGAUCUACCCGCCGGAGCAGUUCACCAGUGUGCAGCAGUACGGUCUCACCAUCCUGAUGUCCAAGGACGAAAAGAUCAUUGCCUUCCUCCAAAACGUUCUCUGCCAGGUGCAGGAUUGGCUCUCUCGCAACGAGGUGGAAAAGAUAUCGAUGGUCAUCACCAAUGUGCACACCAAAGAGGUCCUCGAGUGCUGGGAUUUCAAGGUGCAGAACGAGCCCGGCGAUGGGCCCAAGAUCGAUCCGAACAAUCCGACUUCGUCAAAGGAGCUUAAAAAAAUUCAGGCGGAAAUCCGGGACGUCAUGAGGCAGAUUGCGGCCACGAUCAGCUAUCUGCCGCUGAUUGAGUACAUCUGUACGUUUGAUGUUCUGAUCCAUACGCUGAAGCAGACGGACGUGCCGGAAAAAUGGAACGAAACCGGAGACGUGCAAAUCCAGAACGCACAGACCGUGCAGCUGAAGUCGUUCUCCACGGGGCUGCACAAGCUGGAUACGAUUGUUAACUAUAAAAUGACUGAUUAGUACAACUGGGAGGGGAUAUUUAAUGAUAAGGAUAUAUUAUUGUAAAUGGUUAUGCAGGUUGCAUGGAUCAUUUUAUAAGUUUGAAAAGGGUUUUGUAACCAAUGAUUUUACCAAAAUAAAAAUAUUUCAAAUUUA